CGUCAGGCAGAAGCUUCUAUUUUUAUUUUUCUUCUCCUUGAAACUUCUUCUGCGGCAGACAAGGAGGGAAGACGGUGCGCAAUUUAAGGAUCUCCAAUUUACUUGCUCGAUAUACCUCACCUUAACUACCUCCACGCUCCUCUCUCUCCCUCUCUCUGUCUCUGACAUUUCCCGGCCUUUCUUUUCCACUUUCCUUCACUUUCUCUCCAUCCAAACCAUGAACUCCACCACAAUCCCAACAACACUUCUUUUUUUCUCUCCCUCUCCUGCCGCCUCCACUGAAUCGUCAUCAAAACGCCAAGCUCACAACCCUAGACACGUCCAAUUGAAACUCGACAAACGACAAAACGGCAGGAAUUUCUUAUCAAAAUCCAUAAAAUGCACCCUGAAUCGCGGUAUUCGAAACCCGACCGCGCUGGCUUCUUGCUUGGCCGCGACGGAGGCUCCGCCUUCGAAGGCCGCGGAGCUGGUGGCGGACAAGCUAAAACGACUCGUUUUGGAAUUUAGGUCUCUGGCCGAGCCGAUAGACCGCGUGAAGCGGCUAUUACACUACGCGGCGAGACUGCCUCCGUACAACGAGUCGACUCGGGAGCCGGAGAGCCGAGUCCCGGGCUGCUCGACUCAGGUCUGGGUCGAGGCCGAGAUGGACGAGUUGGGGAGGAUGAGGUUCCGAGCCGAUAGCGACUCGGAGAUCUCUAAGGGGUUCUGCUCGUGCCUGAUUUGGAUGCUGGACGGCGCGGAGGCGGCGGAGGUUUUGGAGGUCAAGACGCGAGAUUUAGAGGACGUGAACGUGGGGGUGUACGGAAAGGUGAAUUCGAGAGUGAACACGUGGCACAACGUGUUGUUGGCGAUGCAGAGAAAGACUCAAGCUUUGGUUGCGGAGCGAGAGGGGAAGCGGCCGUAGGAGGCUUUGCCUUCUCUGCUUGCGUCCACCAAUGAGGUUGCCGAGUUUCUCCCCACAUCUGUGGUCUGGCCAAAGCCACCUCUUCGCUGACGGAGUUAUAAGCAUAGACUCUUAACAAAGUCUUGUCCUUGUUGAGAGGGAGCAGUGACCACCAGAUUCCGGAGGGAGGAGAAGAGCACAGCUCCACAGCAAGUUCUAGGGAAGCACAAGGCUAGAAGAGUCCCAUUGGUGCUGGAGUUUUCUAAAGACUGCAUCCAUGACGAGGAAGCCCAACCUUUCUUUUCUUCUUUCUGUUUGGCUAUGGAUUUCUAAACCAAACAGUUAAAAUGGUUGGUUGGUCAGGUCAGGAUCCACAGAACUUGGCCUUAGCAAGGCCGCAUGGAAAAUCCAAACUUGAUUUGCAACUACUAUGCUUUGUGUGCUUCAAAGAGAGAGAAGGAUUGAAGAUGUCUUUUUGCAGCAUCCAAUCAAAAAA